AUGCGCUUAGCCCAAAUCUCUCUCUCCUCCCGUGAUCCUUCAGCGUUACUGCAAGUGGAAGACCGCAAGUUCGACAUUGUGGCGCUGCAGGACGUGUGUUGGAAGGGGUCUACGGUGCGGAUCUUUCGCGGGAACCACACCAUCUACCAGAGCUGCGGCAAUACACACGAACUCGGAACAGCUUUUAUGGUGGUGGGGCAGAUGCAAAAGCGUGUGAUCGGAUGGUGGCCGGUCAGCGACAGAAUGUGCAGGUUGAGGAUCAAGGGCCGGUUCUUCAACAUCAACAUAAUUAACGUGCAUAGUCCCCACCUCGGAAGUAGCGAUGACGACAAGGACGAAUUUUACACGCAGCUGGAGCGUGAAUACGAUCGCUGCCCAAGACACGAUUUCAAGAUCGUCAUCGGCGACCUUAAUGCUCGGACCUGGAGAUCACUGCAACAAACAGAGACGCAAAUUGAUCAUGUUCUGAUUGAUGGGCGGCACUUCUCGGACGUUAUCGACGUAAGGACCUAUCGGGGCGCUAUCAUCGACUCGGACCGCUAUCUGGUGAUGGUUAAACUGCGUCAAAAACUAUCCGUAGUGCACAGUGUAAGAUACCGGCGCCCGCCGCGGUAUAACCUGGACCGACUGAGGGAAACCAACGUCGCGACAACGUACGCGCAGCAUCUUGAAGCAGCGCUGCCACCGGAGGAGGAGCUCAUCUAUCUCCCUUUGAGGACUGCUGGACCAGGACUAAAGCAGCCAUAA